UCGACUAAAAACUGCAUUGUUUUUCGAGACAGGAUCCAAGAACAGAUUCGAAAUGGAAGUUUGAAGUUCUCAGCUAAAACAGAAAAAGCCAUGGGAAUUGACAGUGAUCCCUUUCCAGAAGUUGGAGAGGCAGCAGCCAAUGUCAUCACAUCAGACUUUCAGAACUUGUCCUUGACAGAAUUGGAGGAAGUCAAUGUGCAGAUGCAUGUUGCUAAUCAAACCAACAUCAAGAAGAAUGCUAGAGGCCCACCAGUUAUUGAACAAGGUUUCUCGCACCAGAAGGAACACUCUGAUGAAGAAUCACUGGAUGAUGAUUCUUUAGAAGCAGCGGUGAUGCAGAGAAUGUGCCCCAGGUGCAGACUCAGUUACAAGUGGUUGAAGGGGCUCCCAACUGAUGGGAAGCAAUACUACAGGGAUGUUCAGAGACGUCCUAAGUCAACCAAUGCUUACAACAAAAGGCCGUAUCCGGCUAGUGAUAGGCAGAGACCACCAGUGGUUGAGCCUGUGGGGACAGAAACUACCCAUGGUUUUAGAGUGGAUGAAGCUACCUGUUCCAAUAACCAGGCUGAAUAUGAAGCCUUAAUUAUGGGACUAGAGAUUCUUAUUGGAUUACAAUUUCAAAUAGUAAAUAUAACUCAUGUUCCAAGAUUCUUGAACAUUAGAGCUAAUGAUGUGGCUCAAAAGGCUUCGAACUUCAAGAGAAAGGAUAAUUCUCAAAGGGACAUAAGUCAGACAACAUACCAGAAAUUAAUACAACCUUUGAAUAAAAGGAAUAUGGUCUUGGAAGCCAACCAUAAUGACUUACAAGAACAAUAUUGGAGGCAUCCAAUAAUGCAAUAUUUAGCUGGUCCAUCUUUGAAGGCCAGCAGGAAGGUCAAAUUGUAG